AUGAAUAUUACAAGUAUUCACUCGGUUUCUGUUCUGGGAAGCAAAUACGGCAGUAUCAAUCAGUCGUCUAUCCAAAUGUUCGAUGAUCGCGCAAUGCGAAUCGAAAUCACGGAGUUCAUUCGGCAAGUUAAUUAUUGGCUAAUGAUCAUCGAAAUGAUCAUGGUCAUCUGUGGCAUAUUCGGAAAUGGUAUGGCAUUAAUCGUCAUCAAUCGUCGUUCGUUACGUGACACAUCAUCCAGUGUUUUCAUAACCUAUUUAGCGAUAUUCGAUUCAUCUGUUCUAAUUGUCCAUAUUACAAGUUUAAUCACAUUGCAUUCGAUUCAGUCGUAUAUUCUACACUGUUUCUUCACGUUUCUCACCGAUUUCGUGACAUUUUCGAGCGUUUGGAUUAUGGUAGUAAUGACAAUCGAGCGUUGCAUCGCUGUCCAUUCACCAUUUUUAGCUAAACGUUUUUGUACAGUACAACGUGCGCGGUACUCGAUCUAUCUUCUUCUUGUUUUCGCAUUGGUUGUCUUUUCGAUAACUUAUCCAGUGAUUUAUACAAUCGAUGAAGUACAGAAUAAAUGCGGCGUUCGAGAACAGUAUCAAACGAUCAUUCGGAUUAUUAAACCAACAGUAUUUUAUUUUAUACCUGAUCUGAUCUUGCUGGUCAAUUUAUUUAUUAUCUAUGAAUUAUUCAUCGCUCGACGACAUCGAACGCAAACAUUGAUCAACCCAGAAAAUGCCAUACACCAAAUCAAUGCAGCUUCAUUUAAUCGCAAACAACAGCAGCUGACAAUUAUGUUAGUAACAGUGUCAUUAAGUUUCUAUCUAUUCACCACACCAGCUAUAAUCGAUUAUAUUCGACAACGGAAUCCUCCUAAUUAUCGUGACGUUAAACGAUUGAAAAUGAGAUUCUUACGAACAAAUUUGACUGUUCUUUGGCUGCAGAUGAGCUCAGCGACAAACUUCCUAUUCUACUGUUUGUCAGGUUCGAAAUUUCGUGCCACGUGCGUUGAGACACUCGACGACGUCUAUUAUUACAUUCGUACAAAAUUUGAUGAAGAUUAUCAACGAAAACGCCCACCGAACCGUAUGCGUACGAGUUCGAAUUUCGGUUUGGAGAUGCGGAAUGGGAUUUAUUAUGAUCGUCGAGACACACGCCGGUCAACAUCGAUUCAACAGACUUUUACCUAUCCGUUGAGCGCUUCAUCAAAACGAGCUAGUUGCGAUACGAUGGCCGGUUCGCAAUUGAACAGUCGACGCACGUCGAAAUGUGUGAUUAAUGUGCAAGAAACAUAA